AUGCGAGCAACGUGCACUUUGCUGCUGCGCCAACUUAGCCUCCUCCUGCUGCUGCGGGAGCCCGCUGCGGGAUCGGGCCCCUUCGCCUCCUCCAGCGACCCCCCUGCUCGGACCCAGCUCAGCGGAGCCACCACGCCGGCCGCGGGGCCGCAGGGUUCUCCCAGCCGGGGCGUCUCGGCCGCUGCGGCGGCGGCGGCGGCGGCGGCUGCUUCCCGGCUGCCUCCCUGGGAGAGGGAGAGCUCCGUGCCCUGGGCGCCGCCAGUGUCCGGCAGCACCUCGGAGCCGGCCGCGGGAGGACACACCAGCAGCCCGGUCAUUGGAAGCGGCUAUCAGACACUUAGAAGUUCAGAUAUUGAAAUGAGGACUUCCAGUUCUCCUAUGGACAAUAUGGAGACACUGACUACAUUCUCCAUAAGUGGAGAGAGGACGUUGCUGUCUAUAACAAACAGUGCCAUGUCUACAACUGCAACAGAAAGCACCACCUCUUAUACAGAAAUGAUCAGAUCUUCAGAUUUAACCCAGCACUCCUCUUCAGUAGAGCAGAACAGAAGAAAUAGCUCCUCAAGUGAGAUGUAUUUCACUGAGCCUGGAACGGAGCCUUUGAUUGCACAUUCUUCAGAGAUACCAACCUAUUCAUCUUCACAAAGUGAUCCUCCAGCCAUUGGAAGCAGCCACAAGACAGCUAGCAUCUGGGAUAUGGAAAAAAAGACUCCUAGUUCUCAUACUGAUAGUUUGUACAUUUCACCUACAUUCAGCAGAGGUGGGGAGAGGACAAUACAGUUGCUAACAAACAGCAUCACUUCGACUAAUUCACUAAAAAGCGCCUCUUCUCAUUCAGAAAUUGCCAUGUCUUCAGAUCUAUCCCACUCCUCAGCCUCUAUAUCACCGUCUGGAGGAAGUAAUAGAUCGUCAACUAUCGCUGAUCUCCCUGAGUCUUCAACAGGGCCUUUACUUAUAUAUUCGCCUUUAAAGAGUGGUCUCCCAGCCAUUGAAGGUAGCCAUCAGCCAAUUAGCGGCUCAGAGAAAAAUAUUGCCAGUUCUCACAUUGCCAGUACAUACAUUUCAACUACAUCCACCAGAGCUGGAGAGGGGAUGUUACAAUCUCUAAUAAACAGCAGCAGAUCUUCUAAUGCAACAGGAAGCUCUACUUCUGGUACUGAAAUGUCCAGCUCUUCGUAUUUAACCCAGUCGUCAUCUAUAUCUUCUAUAGCACUGACCAGUGGAAUUAAUAUCUCAUUGGCUGCCACAGAUUUCACAGAGCCUUCAACAGAUCCUUUGCUUACACCGUCUCAUUCUGCUUCAGAAACUGCUUCCAAAGCCGUUGGAAGUAGCCACCAACCAAUUAACAUCUCAGCUACAGAAAAAAGGACUUCUGAUUUGCAUACCACCAGUACAUACAUUUCAACAUCAUUCACCAGAGGUGGAGAGAGGACGUUAAGGUCUCUAAUGAACAGCAGCAUAUUACCUGAUGUAGCAGACAGCUCCACUUCUGACUUAGAAAAUACCAAGUCUUCAGAUUUACUGCAGCCCUCGUCUCCUGGAGCACAGGCUGGAGGAAGUAACAUCUCAUCAAGUGACUUCACUGAGCCUUCCACAGAGCCUUUGCUUACACAUUCUUCCAAGGUCCCAAGUUAUUCGUCUUCCCCAAAUGAUUUUGCAGCCAUAGUACGUAGCAACCAAGCAAUUAGCAGCUCAGCUACAGAAAAAAGAACUUCAGUUUUACAUACCACCACUCCAUAUAUUUCAACAACAUUGAUCAAAGGUGGUGAGAGGACAUUAAGAUCCCUAACAAACGGCAACAUAUCACCUGAUGCAGCAGAAAGCUCCACUUCUAAUUUAGAAAAUAUGAAGUUUUCUGAUUUAACCCAGGCUUCAACUGCUGUAGCACAGGCUGGAGGAAGUGAUACCUUAUCAACUGACUUCACUGACCGUUCAACAGAGGCAUUGCUUACACAUUCUUCCAAGAGCUCAAGUUAUUUGUCUUCACCAAAUGAUCUUGCAGCUAUUGGAAGUAGCCACCAACCGAUUAACAUCUCAACUACAGAAACAAGGACUUCUGAUGUGCAUACUUCCAGUACCUAUAUUUCAAUGACAUUCACCGCAGGCUUAGAGAGGACCUUAACGUCUCUAACAAACAGCAGCAGCACAUUGCCUGAUGCAGCAGAAAGCUCCACUUCUAAUUUAGGAAAUAUCAACUCUUCAGAUUUACCCAAGCCCUCAUUUGCUGUAGCCCAGGCUAGAGGAAAUAAUAUCUCAUCAAGUGAUUUCACUGAGCCUUCCACGGAGUCUUUGCUUACACAUUCUUCCAAGAUCCCAAGUUAUUCGUCUUCCCCAAAUGAUCUUGCAGGUAUUGGAAGUAGCCACCAACCGAUUAACAUCUCAACUACAGAAACAAGGACUUCUGAUGUGCAUACUUCCAGUACCUAUAUUUCAAUGACAUUCACCUCAGGCUCAGAGAGAACCUUAACGUCUCUAACAAACAGCAGCACAUUGCCUGAUGCAGCAGAAAGCUCCACAUCUAACUUAGGAAAUAUCAACUCUUCAGAUUUACCCGAGCCCUCAACUGCUGUAGCACAGGCUGGAGGAAAUAAUAUCUCAUCAAGUGAUUUCACUGAGCCUUCCACGGAGCCUUUGCUUACGCAUUCUUCCAAGAUCCCAAGUUAUUCGUCUUCCCCAAAUGAUCUUGCAGGUAUUGGAAGUAGCCACCAACCAAUUAGCAUCUCAGCUACAGAAACAAGGACGUCUGAUGCGCAUACUUCCAGUACCUAUAUUUCAACAACAUCCAUCAGAGGUGAAAAGAGGACAUUAAGGUCUCUAACCUACAGCAGCACCUUGCCUGAUGUGUCAGACAGCUCCACUUCUUACUUAGAAAAUACCAAAUCUUCAGAUUUACCGCAGCCCUCGUCUGCUGUAGCCCAGCCUGGAGGAAAUAAUAUCUCAUCAAAUGAUUUCACUGAGCCUUCCACGGAGCCUUUGCUUACGCAUUCUUCCAAGAUCCCAAGUUAUUCAUCUUCCCCAAAUGAUCUUGCAGCUAUUGGAAGUAGCCACCAACCGAUUAACAUCUCAACUACAGAAACAAGGACUUCUGAUGUGCAUACUUCCAGUACCUAUAUUUCAAUGACAUUCACCGCAGGCUCAGAGAGGACCUUAACGUCUCUAACAAACAGCAGCACAUUGCCUGAUGCAGCAGAAAGCUCCACAUCUAACUUAGGAAAUAUCAACUCUUCAGAUUUACCCAAGCCCUCAACUGCUGUAGCACAGGCUGGAGGAAAUAAUAUCUCAUCAAGUGAUUUCACUGAGCCUUCCACGGAGCCUUUGCUUACGCAUUCUUCCAAGAUCCCAAGUUAUUCGUCUUCCCCAAAUGAUCUUGCAGGUAUUGGAAGUAGCCACCAACCAAUUAGCAUCUCAGCUACAGAAACAAGGACUUCUGAUGUGCAUACUUCCAGUACCUAUAUUUCAACAACAUCCAUCAGAGGUGAAAAGAGGACAUUAAGGUCUCUAACCUACAGCAGCACCUUGCCUGAUGUGUCAGACAGCUCCACUUCUUACUUAGAAAAUACCAAAUCUUCAGAUUUACUGCAGCCCUCGUCUUCUGUAGCCCAGGCUGGAGGAAAUAAUAUCUCAUCAGGUGACUUCAUUGAGCCUUCCACAAAGUCUUUGCUUACACAUUCUUCCAAGAUCCCAAGUUAUUCAUCUUCCCCAAAUGAUCUUGCAGGUAUUGGAAGUAGCCACCAACCAAUUAGCAUCUCAUCUACAGAAACAAGGACUUCUGAUUUGCAUACUUCCAGUACCUAUAUUUCAAUGACAUCCAUCAGAGGUGAAAAGAGGACAUUAAGGUCUCUAACCUACAGCAGCACCUUGCCUGAUGUGUCAGACAGCUCCACUUCUUACUUAGAAAAUUCCAAGUCUUCAGAUUUACCGCAGCCCUCGUCUUCUGUAGCCCAGGCUGGAGGAAGUAAUAUCUCAUCAAGUGACUUCACUGAACCUUCCACGGAGCCUUUGCUUACACAUUCUUCCAAGAUCCCAAGUUAUUCAUCUUCACCAAAUGAUCUUGCAGCUGUGGAAAGUAGCCACCAACCAAUUAGCAUCUCAGCUACAGAGAAAAGGACUUCUGAUUUGCAUACCACCAGUACUUACAUUUCAGCGACAUUCACCAGAGGAGGAGAGAAGACGUUCAGGUCCCUAACAAACAGCAGCACAUCACCUGAUGCAGCAGAAAGCUCUACUUCUAUCUUAGAAAAUACUGAGUCUUCAGAUUUACCCCAGCCCUCAUCUUCUGUAGCAGAGACUGGAGGAAGUAAUAUCUCAUCAAGGGACUUCGCUGAGCCUUCAACAGAGCCUUUGCUUACACAUUCUUCCAAGAUCCCAACUCAUUCGUCGCCAUCAAAUGAUCUUGCUGGAGUUGGAAGUAGCCAUCAAUCAGUUACAAUUUCAGAUAGAGAAAAAGGGAUUUCCAGUUCUCCUACUCAUAGUACGUACGUGUCAACAACAUUCACCAGAGGUGGGGAGAGGACAUCCCAAUCUCAAACUCACAGCAGCACAUCGACUGCGGCAACAGAAAUCUCCACUCAUAAUAUAGACGCAGCCAAGUCUUCAGAUUCAACCCAGUUCUUAUCUUCUGUAUCACAGGCUGGAGGUUUCAAUAUCUCAUCAAGUGAUGCCAGUUUCACGGAGCUUUCCACCAAGUCUUUGCUUACACAUUCUUCCAAGAGCUCAACGUUGACUUUACCAAAUGAUACACCCACCAUUGGAAGUAACCAUCAGUCUCUUAGCAGCUCAAAAACAGAAAAAAAGAUUUCCAGUCCUUAUACUGACCGUAUGUACAGUUCAGCUACGUUAACCGGAGGUGGAGAGAGGACAUCACAAUCUCUGACAAAUAGCACAUCUGCCCAUACAACAGAGAGCUCCACUUCAUAUACAGAAAUUGCCAAUUCCUCAGAAUUAAUUCAGUCACCUUCAAUGGCACAGACUAGAGGGACAAGUAUCUCAGCAAAUGAUAUGGGUUUCACCGGGUCUUCAACUGAGACUUUCUUUGUUCGUUCUUCCAAGAUACCAACUUACUCUUCUUUCCAAAAUGAUCCUUCAAGCAUUGCAAGUAGCCAUCAACCAGUUAGCAGCAUCGACACUGAGAAAAGGAUCUCUGUUUCUCGCACUGACAGCAUGUACAUUCCAACCACAUUCAGUAGAGGUGGAGACAGGACAUUACUGUCUAUAUCAAAUAACAGCACCUCUGCCGAAUCAUCAGAAAGUUCCACUUUUUAUGCAGAAAUUUCCAACUCUUCAGAUUUAGCACAAUCCUCAUCUUUUAUGGCUCAGAGCAGAGGAAGUAACAUGGCAUCAAGUGAUGGGGAUUUAAUUGCUCCAUCUACGGAGCCUUUGCUUGUACAUUCUUCCAAAAUGCCAACUCACUCUUCUACAGUCAAUCUACAAAAUGCAACUCUGUUUUUCACUGGCACUGAAUCGUCACUAACUGGCAGCUCAUCAUUAUCUUCGCAAGUAUUUCCAUCCUCUUCCUCGGAGUCAUCAGUACAUCACUUGCUUUCAUCAACACCAUCGCCACCUCAUUCAUUUGCAUCAUCAGAGUCAUCUCUACCAUCCUCUUCAUCAGUGAUACCAUCAUUGUCACUCCCACCACCAUCUUUGCCGUCAUCUUUAUCCACCUCCUCAUCAGUUGCAUCAUUUCCUUUAUUACCUUCAUUUUCUUCAUCAUCUUCACCAUCACAGACUGGUGACAGUUUUCAAACCAGUGGGUCCAUGAUUACAUCGGGAGGGACAGACAGAAUGGAGCCAUCGACUGCUGUGUUCUAUGGGAGUACACCCAGACAGUACAGCAAUCACAGCAGACCACACCAGUUGAAAGAGAGCACUACUUUCAAAACCAAAGGACCACUUCCUCUUCAGACUGAACCUAUGGAACAGCUCAGCAGUAGCUCUUCAUCCACAUCAGCUUCCACACUUGCAACAGAGAGCUCCACAGGAGGAACCUUCACUUCCAGUGGGGACCAUUUUGAAAAGACAACUUUGCUUCUGACAACAGCUGCUCCAAGUCUGAGCAAGGAAACCCAACACACUGAGAUGACAAAAGCAUCGACCAGUAUCUUGCCAAAUACGACAAGUCAAAGGGAUGUGUUUCCCGCAGCAGAAUUAACAACAGGGAAAACUGUUACACUGUCAACAGACAUGACUUUUGGGCCACCACGUUCUGUGCCAACUACAGAUCAUUCUCUUACUACGAAAACUCGCAGAGUUAAAACUGCUGUUGCCACGACACUGGCCUACAUAACUGGAGUAACUACAAAAACAAUGGAAACUAGCACUGCAACUAGCAUUAAAAUCACUGAAGAAAAUAUCCCAGCUACACAUCCUUCCAAAACAUCUUCCCCUAGCAAAACCACUGUAGGGUUUUCCACCACUUCGGCAGCAGCUAUCAAACCAACUACUAUUGCUCUGUUAAGUCGCACAAGGGCAUUAGUAACUUCUUCUCAUACAACAGUCAAUAUCUGCUCCACAAACCCUUGUCUGCAUGAUGGAAAAUGCGUUAUUAAUGGUGUUAUGGGCAAAUAUCAGUGCAAGUGUUCACCAGCCUGGCAAGGAGAAGACUGCAGGGAAGAUGUGGAUGAAUGUCUUUCUAAUCCAUGCCCAGCUCUGGCCACAUGUAAUAAUACUCACGGCUCCUAUGUCUGCAAAUGUCCUCUUGGAUACAAGCUAGAAAAAGGAAAAUGCAAUUUAGUAAGAACAUUUUUUGGUCAAGUUGCACUGAAACUGAACACUACUCAUGGGAAGUAUUCUGAACUCCAUCGAAUUGAAGAUGAAAUAAUAACAAUGCUGAACGUGUCUCUCUCAGAGUUACCUGGCUAUUACAACUCAGUAGUUAAAGCUGCAAGGGAGUCCAAUUCUGUCCGAGUUUCAGUCCAAACCACCUUUUCUUUAGCAUCCAACGUGACGCUCUUUGACAUUGUUAGCAGUGUACGAAGCUACAUUAGUGCUUGCAAAACUUCUGCUGAAACCUGCCAGUUCAUCUCCAAGUAUACGCUGCUCCCCAGAGUUGGUGGAUUGUGUAAACAGAAGGACCCUGAAUGUGACAGAGAGACUUCGGAAUGCAAUGACUUGGAUGGCAUUGCAGUCUGCCAGUGCAAGAGUGGAUACUUUAAAUACAACAAGAUGGAUCAUUCCUGCAGAGCUUGCGAAGAUGGAUAUAGGCUUGAAAAUGAGACGUGUGUGAGGUGCCCGUUCGGCUUAGGGGGAUUGAACUGUAGAAACCCGUAUCAGCUAAUCACCGUGGUGAUUGCAGCUGCAGGAGGGGGACUUCUGCUUAUCCUGGGGAUAGCACUGAUCAUCACUUGCUGCCGGAAGAAUAAGAAUGACAUAAGUAAACUCAUCUUCAAGAGUGGGGAUUUCCAAAUGUCGCCAUAUGCUGAGUACCCCAAGAAUCCUCGAGCACAGGAGUGGGGCAGAGAGACCAUAGAAAUGCAAGAAAACGGAAGCACUAAAAACCUGCUGCAGAUGACGGAUGUAUAUUAUUCGGCAACUGGCCUAAGAAACGCUGAACUGGAAAGAAAUGGACUUUAUCCUCCUUACACUGGUUUACCUGGAUCCCGACAUUCAUGCAUCUACCCUGGACAAUAUAACCCAUCCUUUAUUAGUGACGAAACCAGACGAAGAGACUAUUUUUAACAUAAUUGUAUGGGAGUGGAAGAUCAACAUAGAUACGUGUCCUUGUUUACCAGGUACACUCUGUCACAUGACAGUUCAGCCGAUAUCAGUCUUAAUCUUCACAUACAGGAAAGACUUUGAACUCAAAAGAACACGGAGCAUUGCUGCCUUGAAAAUGCAUUUGUAGUUGUUGAGUAGCGAAGAUGGAGGGGAAGAAUGAGCCAAUAUGCAAAUCUGUAAAAGACCCAGGUGGAAGUAUAAGGAAGCUUAACGUGCGUGCUCCACUUUUAUCUUCGCCAUUGACGUCACAUAACAUGAAUUUGUUAAUAGAUCAGUACAGACUAAUUGUUGCCUGCACUCUAAAAUUGAUACCACUAGGGAGUGUUUUGUUUACAGAUAUCGUAAAAUUACAGAUAUUGGUCUGACUACUGUGUGUUUCCUCUUGGCCAGCUUUCAAAGAUACAGUGUGUGCUCUUUUUGGGUAGGAAGUGUAUGUUCAUUUCAGACCCUUCUCUGCCUUUCCCUGGUUUGAUCUGCUUCCUAUGCAACAAGGGAGCUGGGGUGCCCACUAAAUAUUAUUUGUCUUUAUUGGUGUGUCAUUCUGUCAAAUGUCUCAGCGCUUAACUAAGCACUGCAUCUGGCAAUGAUGGCUGAAUUCAUAGGUUGACAUUUUCAAAGGAGUAUGGGGGAUUUAGCCACACUGUCUUAAUUUUAGUGGGAAAAGGUAUAACUAAUCCCUUGCACUGCUUUGAAAAUCUCCUUUGUGUUUGGAAAUGUCUGCAUGUGACAGUGUAUUGCCCACUGAUCUGCAAUGUUGUUCAAAGCUUGUAUUAUUAUAUUGUGGUAAGUCACGCAACCUCCAGCAGGGAUUUAAAUGCUUUUUAAAAGCAGCAAGAUCAGAUAAAGUAUUCAUUAAUGGAGUAAUAAAUUACAACAUAGAAUUGUUGAGGUAGAUCGCAUUGCUUUGCAGAAAAUGUGUGUAGCCAUAAUGAACUCCAGGGAGAAAGUGGGCGAGAACAGAAGUAUUAUAGCCCUGGUUGGAUUUAUGUACCAUGAAUUUUAGACUUUGCAUUGGAUCCAGACAGCCACAGCUGCCAUGAUUUCAAUGGGCGCUGCAGAGCUACUCAGCACAUCAGAAAAUCAGGCCUGUUGUGGCCAGAUGCAUUUGACUGUGGGAGCAGCACAAGGCUUUGGAUCACAAAAAAACUGUUAAGGACUUCCAUCUGUCUUCUCUGUGUCAGUCCUAUUAGCUGGCAAUUCACAUUGGAUUGACAGUUAGUCACUGCAAAUGGAGCUGGUCGGGAAUUUGUGACAUUUUGACCCAAAAAAAUUCAACAUUUUUACUAAAAAGCAUUUUUUACAAGCUUAUUGUAUAGUCUGUGAUUCUAGAAAAUUUGAAUGAUCACCAACAAAUUUGCAUGAAAAACUACAAAAUAUUUGUUAUGAAGGUCUUUCUGCAUUUUUCAAUAGGGUCUAACUUCACAAUUGUUUCAUUCUUGAAAAACUCUGAACUUGUUUCUCCCAUCCUGUUUGGUAAUACUGUGUAGCUUCCCUGAACAUACGUAUUUUUGAAGAUAUCACAUUUGGCUGUUGUAAAAAUGUCUGUUGAUCAUUGAGGAAGAAGCUCCAAAUUGAUAAUUUAUUACAUUCCUAACUAAGGGUCUGAUCCAAAGCUCUCUGACUUCACUCUGUGCAGGGUUGGGUGCUUGGUGAAGAUCAAGUUAAUCAAAUACUCUUAGAGUUUGUCUUCAUUGCAAAGUGAACUCAAAUUAUAACUCAAGUUGGCCCUACCUCAAUGCCCUUCCACACACAAAAAUCCUUAACCCGAGUUAGCUGAUCUGAGGUGGGGUAUAAACUAAACUCAAAUCAGCUAUUAACAUAAUCUCUUUGCAGUGUGGAUGCAGGCUAGUUCCACUCUAGUGCCACUAAUCUUACAAUGCUUUCCCACAAUUCCUCCUGUGUGCUCAGAAAAGGCUGACAAGUUCUCCCAUAAUACAUGGGGAAGAAUUUAUAGAGCGGCUUUGCUUACUGCAGCGCUUAACAAUGGAACGUGCCCUUAGAAUUCUUAGUGCCACAUAUGAAUGAGUACAGCAUGAGUGUGGAUGCAGGAACUUGAGUGCUGUAUCCCAGAGUGACUGCUCUCACUCUGGCUAGGCUAAAUCUAGAGCAGUAACUGCAGUGAAGGUCACAUGAGUUAACUCUAUAGUGAAGACAGACCCUCAAUUAACUGACACUUAAUAGUGUUUAAGAGUCCUAUGGCACCUUAUAUAAGGUGCCACAGGACUCUUUGCCGCUUUUACAGAUCCAGACUAACACGGCUACCCCUCUGAUACUUAAUAGUGUUUGUUUGCCAUAGAGCCUGUGAUCCUAAAGAGUCUUGCCCAGCACUCAGCAAGUUGUUGUGUCCCAUCUCAAGUGUGAACAGACACACAAGUAAGAUUCAGUACUAGGCAUUAGUUCUUCUUUGAGAGCAGUGUCCCUGUGGGUGCUCUACUUCAGGUGUGCUUAAGCCAUUGAUUGGAGAUUUUUGGUAGCAGCAUCUGCUUGGUCCGCAUAUGUACCCCACACUCCUCCUGCCCCACACAGAGACUAUAUGAGGCUGUGCGGACGAACCACCCUCAGUUCCUUCUCAAGCACCUGCGGCCUGAGACAGAGUCUACAAUUGUGCCUGUUCUCUGCUUGUAUUCAGAAUUUAGUUUGUUGGUUAAUAUGUACUGUUUGUAGUUGUUGGAACAGCUUUCUUUCUUUCUUUCUUUCUUUCUUUCUUUCUUUCUUUCUUUCUUUCUUUCUUUCUUUCUUUCUUUCUUCAAAAAAGUUUAAAAUAUUAUUUAAAACAUUUUUGUUCAUAUAUAUAGUUAGUGUUGAGUCCCGUUCCCCCCUUCAGUAGGGAUCAAUUUGUUGUUAAUUUUCUUGGGAUUGCUAGGCUUCCUGGGAUUUAAAAAGUGUUUCUCUUGUCAUGAGGCUAUUCUAGUCAUCAGCUGGAUUACCUGCUGGAAUUGAAAACAUUGGGUCUUUCUAUGAACUGCAUUAGGCUAUAACUUAGCAGCAAUAACAGCCUUUCACAUACCCAUAAGGGGUUUUUCGCUCUUUGCUCAUCCAGCCAUGGUAAGAUUCCUAAGAGGUUUGUCGAAUCUCUACCCACAAAUCAGAGACUCUACUCCUAGCUGGGACCUGAACCUAGUCCUGUAUUGCCUGAUGAAGUACCCCUUUGAACCACUAGGUACUUGUUCUUUAUUAGAUCAAUCAGUGAAGACAUUCUUCUUGAUAGCUAUAACUUCUGCCCAAAGGGUCAGAGAAUUGGGGACUUUAAUGGUGGACCACCACCACCACCCCCAUUUAUGGUAUUCUUUACAGAGAAAGUCUCUCUGUGGGCCCAUCCCAGAUUUUUACCUAAAAUGUCCUCAGAAUUUCUUAUUAAUCAAGCCAUCAAUUGCCUGGUUUGUUUGUUUUCCCCCAGCACCACAUUGGACUAGUCAAGAAGCCAUGUUGCAUACUCUAGAUGUUGGGAAAGCAUUAGCUUUUUAUUUAGAUAGGAGCAAACCUUUUAGAAGGUCUCCUAGACUAUUUGUGUCCAUUGCAGACAGAAACAAGGGUUCGGUUAUUUCAAAACAGAAGUUAUCAAAGUGAAUCUCUGAUGUAUUACAGUCUAUUAUGACAAAAGUCAGAUUCAGCCCCCUUCAAGAGUGAUAGUACAUUCCACUAGAGUACUUUCUCCUUCCACAGUCUGGCUUAAGGAUGUGUCAAUUGUAGACAUCUGUGGAGCGUGACAUGACCCUCGGCACCUACCUUUUCUAAUCACUGUGCCUUGGUGUCUGCUGCAAGAUCAGAGGUGGCUGUAGGCGAUGCAGUUCUCUCUUCUGUAUUGGACCCUGGUCCAAACCUCUCACCUUCUUAGGGGUGUACUGCUCUGACGUCCCCUGAAGUGGCGCACCCACAGGGACACUACUUGAGGAAGAAGGAGAGGUUACUCACCUUGUGCAGUAACUGUAGUUCUUCGACAUGUGUGUCCCUAUGGGUGCUCCACUACCCGCCCUCCUUCCCCUUGGCUUUGGAGUCUCCUUUGUGGGACUUGCGGUGGAGAAGGAACUGAGGGUGGUUCACCCAGCGGCCCCAUAUAGGCUUAGUGCCGGUGUACAAGGAUGUGUGGGGCACAUAUAUGGGCUGAACGGGUGCUGCUAUCAAAAACCUCUGAUCAAAGGCGCAGGUGCAACUGAAGUGGAGCACCCACAGGAACAUACAUCUCAAAGAACUCCAGUUGCUGCACUAGGUGAGUAACCUCUCCUUCUCUGUACUUCAUGGCAGUAGGUUUCAGACCCCUGUUCAUGCCUUGUCCCUUGCUCUUGAGAUUGCGAGAUAAGAGAGGUGCAACAGAGGAGUGUAUCUGAGGAGACAUUUGCUUAAGUGUGAUCCGUAGUGUGUAAAUACAGCACUUAACUGCGCACUCUGCUUUUUAUGUUACUGCUGCAAGCAAUAGGCAGAAGUAACAAUGUGAUUGUGCACCAGCAUUCUCAGUGAUGCAGGGUCAGCGUCGCCUGUUCUUCCCACCGUGCUUAUGGCUUUUGAUCUUGCCUUGAACUUCAUACCUACCUUGUGCAGGCUCAAGGCCACAGAUGGUAAUAUUUAACAUAUCUCAAGUCUGAACAAGCAGGCGGUGUGAUUCUUGCAUAAUCCGCUCCUGCCUAAGGAGCUCUACUUAAAGGAAAACUCUAGUGAUUAGUUAUAAUACACAAAACAGCUUAAUAGAUAAACAUAACUGGCUAGAAAGUAUUACUGCACAAGGUGAGAAAAGGAGCUGAUGGUUAUAGUGGAUCACAAAUUAAGCAUGAGCCAACAAUGUGAUGCAGUUGUAAAAAAGACAAAUAACAUUCUGGUAUAUGUUAACCGCUCUGCUGUGCACUGAUGAGACCUCAUAUGGAGUACUGUGCCCAUUUCCGGGUGCCACACUUUAGGAAAGAUGUGGACAAAUGGAGGAGAGUCUGGAGGAGAGCAACAAAAAUGAUAAAAGGUUUAGAAAACCAGACCUAUAAGGAAAGGUUAAAAAACCGGUGUGUUUAGUGUUGAGAAAAGAAGACUGAGGAGGGACCUGAUAACAGCAGUCAGAUAGGGCUGUUAUAAAGAAGACAGUGAUCAGUUGCUCUCCUUGUCCACUGAAGGUAGGACAAGAAGUAAUGGGCUUAGUCUGCAGCAAGGGAGAUGUAGGUUACAUGAUUGGAAAAACUGUCUAACUACAAGGAUAUUAGAGAGACAAAGUGGGUGAGGUAAUAUCUUUUGUUGGACCAACUUCUGUUGGUGAGAGAGACAAGCUUUCGAACCACACUGAGUUCUUCUUUGGGUCUGGGAAAAGAUACUCCCAGCAUCACAGCAAAAUGCAAGUGGAACAGAUUGUUUAGCAUAAGUAGUUAGUACAUAUGGUAAGGAACCAUUCAACGUAGAGUGGCCUGUUAACAAAAAGAGGGGUUAGUGGGUUACAGAUUAUUGUAAUAAACAAUAAAUCCAGUGUCUCACUUCAGUCCAUGUUUUUUAGGGUCUAGCAGAGUAAUGAAUAUAAGCUCCCCGGCUCAUCUUUUGAAAGUGUUGUGCAGGUUUCCUUUGAGGACGAGGACUGAAAGGUCACAUUGCUUUGUGAAAAGUGUUCACCCACAAGUGACUGGGUGUUUUUGUCUUUUAUCAUUUUCCUGUGUGAGUUCAUUUGAGGGCGUAGUGGUUGCCUGGUUUCACCCACAUAGUUGUUGUUGGGGCACUUAGUGCACUGGAUGAGGUACCAUCAUAUGUUGUGAUAGGCAUGUGUAGGAUUUUGAAAGGUAUGUUGUGGGGGUGUUGAUCAUUGUAACAGUGGAGGGAUAGGUAAGCACUGGAAUAGGUUACCAAGGGAGGCUGUGGAAUCCCUGCCACUGGCAGUGUUUAAGAACAGGUUCGACAAACACCUGUCAGGAAUGGUCUAGGUUUAGUUGGUUCUGCUCAUUGCAGAGGAUGGACUAGAGGACCUCUGAAGAUCCCUUCCAGUCCUACACGUCUAUGAUUCUAUGAUAAAGGAUCUAAACUUUCAAUAUAGCUGUUAGAAACCCCUGGCACUUUAAUCAGUAUUUCCAUUCAGUGAAUGAUGCUUUUGCCCCCCUCGCUGGGGGCUGCUGUCUUAGUGCUACAUCCCAUCAUAGGCUUAUCUGAUGAUACAAAUGAGGGACUUGAUCCUGCAGCCCUCACACAAGUAGCCUUUAGGCAUCUAAUCCUGCAAAGUGCUCAGUUCCUAAUGAUUCACUAAGAGUUAAGGAGGCUCAAUCACUCACAGGAGUUGAGCUCUAUAUGAGCAGUCCCACUGAAGUUAGUGGGACUACCUGUGUGAGUAAGGGCUGCAGGACCAGUACCUAGAACUGAAAGGAUCACUCCAACUUUGGAUCACUAAACAGUCUAAUUGUUAAGUUUCAGAGUAGCCACUGUGUUAGUCUGUAUUUGCAAAAAGAAAAGGAGUACUUGUGGCACCUUAGAGACUAACCAAUUUAUUUGAGCAUAAGCUUUCGUGAGCUACAGCUUAUGCUCAAAUAAAUUUGUUAGUCUCUAAGGUGCCACAAGUAUUCCUUUUCUAACUGUUAACUGUUCAUUUUAAUGUCUUUGUUUCUAAACCCCCGUUUGGGUGCAUACCUGCAGCCUGUAAUCAUGUGAACAGUCCCAUUAAAAUCAGCGGGAUUACCUGAAUCACAGAAAUGUAGGACUGCGAGAGACCUCAAGAGUGUUUCUCAAUGACGAGUUCAUGGACCAGCACUGGUCCCCAAGAUCUCUCUGACACACUGUAGGAAGGCAGCAAGCUGGUUCCUGGUAGCAAAAAGGUUGAGAAACAUUGAUUCUAGUCCAUGGGUAAUGGCUGCAGGAUUUUUCCAGAAAGAACUCUUAUCUUUAUUUUGUUGAACCUUUGUACAUAGCACAGCAGGUAGUGAUAAGAAAAUAUUUUUUUACACUAGUGUUUAUCCUUUAAAGACGCCACAUGCUUUCAGACUGGUACCUAAAUGAACUCUUGGGCUCAUAGAGCUACUGUACAUUCUGUCUUGGUUGCAAAUGGAAACAUCGCUUUUUCUCACAGCAACAUUUAGGAAAAUUUGCAAUGGUUAUCUGCAGCCAGGGUGAAAUCUACCCUGUGUAAACAGUCAGCAUGCAACCUAUGCCUCAUACAAUUCCGACUUAAACUCUACUUAGAGAAUUUAAGUGGGACUUAGUGCAUAGGGCUGCUGGUGGCUCUCUGCACAAGGGUGAAUUUCACUUUUUGUGUGAAAUUCUUCAGAAUACCAGUGCUAUCAAAAAUGUCCCCCAUGAAACAGGCCACUUCGAAGCCAGUCUUUCUGAUUGCUGAUCCCCUCAAACACAGUAUGCGGAGAAUAUAAUUUUCCAAUUUUUGCCACAUACCGACACAAUCCUAACUCUGCUAAUGCAGAGAAUGCUAGUUGGGUGCAAUGCACCUUAGUGUUUAGUGCUAUAAAUGCAACAGCUAGAGUCCGUCCUGAUCAUCACUACAUGUGACGAGGAUAUGAUACAUUUUUUUCAUUGUUCACUUCAAUUAAAAACAAAACACUAAUCCUGUCUAUUUCUAUCUACUGCAUCUAUUUCUAUCUCGCUAUCACCUUGGUAUCUAAGCCCCAUACACUAAUGGUACAUUGUUUGUUAUUCCUAUCUGUAGGUAUGGAAGUGUUCCAGAUGAUAAACCAUUGCUCCUCUUUACCCUCAGCCCCUAGGGCAAUGUUUUCAAACUUUGGCACCUUAUGUUAAGCUAAAUCCAUAGACACACAGCUAAAUCAAGGUAGCCUGGUUUUUCCAGUGGUUAUGUUUCCUAAUUUUAGGUACCUGAAAUUGAACAUUUAGGCCACUCUUAAUACUGCUUCCAUGUGUCACGGCCGCCAUUCUCCUGAGCAAGGAGGGUUGGAUAGAACUCCAUUCAGAGUAUUUCAGUAUUGCUGAUUAAUAGGCUACAAGUGAUUCAGCAAGAUGAGGUUUAUCCCAUCUCCACUUAUGCAUCCACCAUAAAUUUAGCAUGUUGCAUCUGCAGGUCUCCUAGCCCCUGCUGGCAUGCAGAGCAAGAGACCAGGAGCAGGCAUCAAAGCUAGGUCAGCUUGCUUGGCCAAUCAUAGCAGAACCAGGCCAACAGGCAGCCUUGUAGGUGGGGUGUUGAUUCACUUUUGAAAAAGUACCAACUUUGUUACUUGGUAGGAAAAGCUGUCUAUGUGGUUGGGGUUUUUUUAUGGUGACUUAUCAAUUGUUUUGACACUGCUGUGCCCGAGGGGCUUUUAUGGGCUGAAUGCCGCCAAUAGCCAGGUUCAGAGGGACAGCCAACUUAAGAUGAAUAGAACAGCAAAAUUUGGCCUGGCUAUUGGGGGCGUUUAAGACCCACCACUAAAUUUGAGAGGAGACUUGAUUGCUUUGUUGGUGUGAUUUGCUGCUAACCUCUCGUCUGCAGUAGAACGUGGCAAUGUGCGAACAGAACUUCAGAGCUUUAAACAGGGCCGUAACCAGAACAAAGAGCAGAACUGUCAAUGCAAUUUGCCCUGUGCCCCUAAUACAUUAAGCAACACUGAGACAAUUCAUCCUUGUUCUGUUGCCACGUUUCCUAUAAAGUUCUGACACCCCUGUCUAAUGCCAUCGCACUCCACCCCUCCUAGCCCCGACAGGGCUCAGCACUGCAGGUGCAUUUGCCUGAGGUAUCAGGAGCAAAAUACAUUUAAAAAUCCUGUACUGAUGCAUCUAAAUAGGAACUUGUUCCCUUAUUAUAUAUAUUUCUCCUGCAGUAUUCCACCGGACUUUCCCCGAGCACUAUGAUCAAAUGUAGUGGGUUUGGCCAUUACUGUAGAAUGCUGUAGUACUUUAUAGGGAUUCCUUCCCAGCACUUGUCAGUUCCAGUCUCUUUUCCAAAUUUAUCUGGAUUCCUCAUUCCCUCUAGUCAAUGUUUAAUCUUCAGAUUUCUUCCUUAAAAUCAAAAGAAACAGAUAUAUUUUACUUAAAUGUUCUUCUUUCUGUGCUAUUAUUUGUGCUUCUUAGCAGACCCAGGACCUAAUCCAACUGCCAUUAAAGUCAAUGGGAACACACUCCCACUGAUUUUAAUGGGUGUUUGAUUCAAGCCUCAAUUCACGCCAACUUCAGGAUGAAUUGUGCUUCACUGCAUGCAUUACUUCAACUCUGGCCAUUUGUAUGACUAUUUACCACCUUUAAUAUUGUGUUUAAUUUUAAAAUGUGUACUUAAUAGUGUAGCAAACCCUGUGGUAUGUGAGCUUGUACAUACAUUAUUUUUCAAGAUCUGGAGCACCUUCUUAAAGAAAGAAUGAAUGAGAAUUUCGUACGUUGUUUUAGGCGGGGAAACCUUUAAUAAUUGAGCAACAUCUCUCCUAUACGAAAGCCUUCUAGGGCUAAAGAUGGUGUUUCCUGUACUGAGAAACGACUGGCCAAUUUACUCUCAAAUGCCCCAUUGGAAAUAAGAACACAGAGCAUGCCAAUGUUGAUGGGCUGUGUCUAAUAUACUGUGUGUGUCUUGUAAGUUUCACAGAGCCAAAUAAAUCAUAUUUAUUUUUUCAUUGCCCUGAAUCCACAAAGGUCCAAUGCAGGACAAAGACCCAUAAUGAUGCGAGAAAAUGAGCCAAAACAAUAAGCCAAAAAGAAGAAAUAAAUGGCUCAGCCAGUUAAAUUAUUUGGCUUUUUUUUUGUAAAAACCUUGCUCCAAGUAGGGCAAUAAUUAUUUCAUGUGUGAUGCGUGGAAUUUGGGUUCAACCUGAGGGAUAUCCCUAAUGAUGAGGGAGACCUGAGAAGUAUUGGCCUGAUAUUCUUUUGAAGUAGUAAUUAAAUGGUGAGGUCCUGGAGUGCCUAUUCUGGCAAAACUCUAAUUGAAAUCAAUGGGAGCUUUGUUAAAGUAAUAAGUGAAGGGUGUGGCCCACAGGUCUGAAAACUACAACAGUGAGCUGUGGGAAAGUCCUAUGGAACGUAACAGAAAAGGAUAACUUUUCUUGAACAAUCCUACAAAAUUUGAUAGAGAAUUGUAUCCCUGCUAUACAAUCAUGUAGAAUGGUUAAAGAAGAACUUACAGGAAGGAUAUCUUCCCUUAUUAACUUACAGGAAGGAUAUUCUCCCUUAUUAAAUGGUUUAGGUUUUUAGAGGAAACCUAUUGGUUUCAUCCCUGUUAAAUUCUCUAGGACUUUUUCUUAAGACGAAGCAAACAUGAUACACGAAUCAUUACUACUGCUGGAAUAGUCUUCAGAAUUGUAUCAGUAAAGUUCACCUUCAGCAAAGUCUGUGGCAAAAGGCAAAGAUGUGACAUUUGUUUAUGUUUCUAUUAUUAAAAUGAAUGUACAGUCAGUAGACCUGCUUUAUGUCUUUUACAUUGUUCUGGAUUUCCUUUCUCAUAUCUCUGAAUGUUAGCUUCUGAGUAGUUUUUUAAUUAAUUUUUCAAACCAGUGUUAUUUAAAGUUGUAUCAUAUUUGCAACCUCCACUAAUUAUACAGCACUGUAGUAGCAAAGUAUAAUUUUUAAGGAUUGGAUUAUUUUUAUACCUGCAUCCAGUACAAUUAUGUCUGGCGUUCUAGUCAGCAUCAUAAAAGAAUACAAUAAAACUAUUAAUAUUA